AUGGUCAUUCCUGCCGUGGGAGGGCCCUACGUCUGGGGAUUUGUGGCUUUCUCCUCGGUCCUCCACUUCUUUGAGCAAUAUCUUGAGUUAAGACAGCUGCAGAAGAACAAGGAUACUGCUGUGCCAGAGGAAUUUCGAGGUGUUGUUGAUGAGACCAAGUUCCUUGAAUCACAGGCCUACCAGAAGGACAAGCGCCUGUUUGGGUUUGUGAAAGACUGGGUGAGCUUUGUCUACGACAAGGUGCAGCUCUUCAUAAUCACUCCAUGGCUGUGGCACUACGCAGUUCGUGUUUGCGGUGAAAAGGCGGAGUACAGCUGCACUCUCUUCUGGCUCUUCUUGCUGCAGUGGGUGGAGAAGCCCAUCUCGAUACCCUUUUCAUUGUACUCGAAUUUCGUGGUCGAGGAGAAGCAUGGAUUCAACAAGAUGACUGUAAAGCUGUUCAUCACGGAUUUGGUCAAAAGUGAAGUACUGACGUACGUAUUUGGAGGUUUGCUGGUGCCGAUGCUGAUUUGGAUAGUGCGGCAUUUUGGCGCAGGAUUCUACCUGUACUUGUGGGCGGCCGUGCAGGUCUUGAUGCUGGUCUUCAUGUGGCUUUAUCCAAAUGUCAUUCAGCCGCUUUUCAACGAGUUCAGGCCGUUGCAGGACGAGUCGCUCAAGCAGAAAAUCGAAGAUUUGGCUGCCGAGGUGAAGUUUCCCUUGACAAAGCUCUUCGAAGUUGAUGGCUCCAAGCGGUCUGGUCACAGCAACGCAUAUUUCUUUGGCUUUUGGAAGUACAAGCGAAUUGUUCUUUACGACACUUUGUUACACCUCAAACACGAUGACAUCUUGGCCAUACUCUGCCAUGAGCUAGGACACUGGAAGUUUGGUCACACGCUCACGAAUCUGGUCAUCGCAUCAGUGCACAUUUUCGUUCUGUUCUGGCUCUUUGAUUUGGUCAUGUAUUCAGAGGUGUCCAAGCAGAUGACAUCUCAGUUUGGGUUUGGUGAAGCUGAUGCCGUGAUGGUAUCGCUGAUGCUCUUCAUGCUGCUGGUCAGCCCAACUGAGCAGCUGAUGAACUUGCUCAUGACUAUGCGAAGUCGCUACAAUGAGUUCCAGGCAGACAGUUUUGCUGCCAAAAUGGGCAGAUCGGAUGCGUUACAGAGUGGCUUAUUUCAGAUCCACGAGGAGAACAAGGGAGACCUGAACCCUGAUCCACUCUAUUCUUGGUACCACUUCUCGCACCCGCCGCUGGUGGAACGCCUUCGAGCCUUGAAACUCCUGGAUGCUGGAGACACCAGCAAGAAGACGAAAUGA